UACAACCAAGUCCACUUGUUCCUGAUCCAACACCCUCCGACUUUACUGUGUGUGUGUGUGUGUGUGUGUGUGUGUGUGUGUGUGUGUUUGUGAAAUGAUGGGUCAGAAAAAAACCCUUUUACCAUGAAAUCUCUUUGGCUCAGCAGGUAGAGUCGGAUGUCCGCUAACCAUGAAGGUCAGCGGUUCGAUUCCCAGCGUCCCCUAGUCCGCCUGCUGAUGUCUCCUUGGGCAAGACACUAACCCUAAAUUGCUGUGUAUGAAUGUGACACGGUGGGAAAGCAUGGUAAAUAGCAGCACUGUAUGUCAAGCGCUUGACUGAGUGGUCAACAAGUCUUGAACAUAUAUAAAUAUAGUCAAUUUUCAAUGCAAUAGGAGAGAGACAACAUAAGUCUCAUAUUGAUCAGAAAACUGUUCCCCAUAUGAUAUCAUAUGAUAUAAGUGACGUCUUGAAGAAAUCUCAAAGAAGUCAGAAAAUGAUGUCAUACUUUGUUUAAAAAGGAAUGACGUCAUAGUGACGUCACCACGAAGUCAGAAAAUGACAUCAUGUAGUUAUGUAUUGUUAUUGUUACACUCUACAACUUUUCAUUCGUCAUCAAACGGUGUACGACUUGACAAUAAUUACGAUAUAAAGAAGUUAUAAUAAAGGUCAGGGUAUACGUUGUCCCUCCUGUGCUUUUCUUUUUUAGUUUUUAUUUCCACCCAAUUGUUUUUUGACUUAAUUUCACGUCUGGUGUUUGAGGGAGCUUGAAGUGUUCAUGUGAUCUCAGACGGACACAGGCUGAGAGCUUUGUCUCUUUCAUUAAUGAAAACCUUUAUUUAUUUUACUGAACGGUUCCUCAGAGCUCUGCAGAGAACAAAAAGCACAGACAAAAACAAAAGGCAGAACAGAACAAAUGCAUGGCAAGUUUUCAUAUACAAAUGAGCUGCUGUGAGUUCAUAUGUGUGUGUGUGUGUGUGUGUGUGUGUGUGUGUGUGUGUGUGUGUGUCUGUGUUUGAAUGCAGACAGUGGUCACGAGGCAGAUGAGUCCCGUUUCAAAGCUGACUCGUAUCAAAGGGGCCUCCGGGUCUUUGUAGUGCGGCGUCUGCCACAGGUGACAUUUUGCGCUGGAAACCGUUUAGAACUUUGAAGGUUCACCGGUGGGCCCAGCAGACUUCCGCUCUGCCCAGCAGGUAACGGGACGGAGGAGUGAGGACGGAUCAGGACAGAGGAGUUGACUGAGAGAAGGGAGUAGAUGAAAGUUUAGUGUCCUCGCACGCCAGCGACACGAGGACGCUUUCCCCCGAACGCCAAGGUUUGAAGAAAUGAAGGAGCAAAUGCAAUAAUUUCUCAUUGCAACUCAUCUGAACAUCUCUCAAAGACUAUGGGGGACCCCUUGUAUGACUGCAGCCCCCUCAUCAGUGCGGCGGCCUCAGGAAAGCUCCGUCUGGUCCGCCUGCUGGUGGAGGGCGGCGCUCAGGUUAAUGGGCGUAACCCCAAAGGAGAGACGGCGCUGCUGGCGGCCUGCAAGGCCCUGAGAGGGGAGCCGGCCGCGCCUGACGCCUUGAAACUCAUCACAUACCUGCUCCAGAACAAGGCCAAUCCAAACGUUCAGGACCGCGCUGGCCGCACCGCUCUCAUGUACGCCUGUAUGGAGCGAGCCGGAGCUCAGGUGGCCUCCACCCUGCUGUCUGCAGGGGCCGACCCCAGCAUGGAGGACAGCUCAGGGGCCUCGGCUCUGGUGUACGCCAUCAACGCACGGCACCAACCGACGCUGGAGGUGUUGAUGGACGCCUGUCGGGCCAGGGGUCGUGACAUCAUCAUCAUCGCCACGGAGAUCGGAGCGAAUGGAGGCCCGGUGACCAGGCGUUACCUGAACGUUCCUCCGUCCCCCAACACCUCGCCGGUGUCCUGCAUGUCCCCGUCCGACAUCGUCCUCAAGACGGGCUCGCCCAACUCCCCCGAGGGAGAGAGCGUCUUCACCUUCACAGGAGCCAGCAUCAGCGGCAGCAGUGGCGGUGGCAGCAGCAGACAUCCCUCCUGCGAGCUGAGUCCACUGAGCCAGUGGAACACUCCUCCUCCCAGACACAGGGUGCUCUCUGAACCAUGGCUGGCCAUUCACAACCUGGCCUGUCUGAACAGAGCUUACGAGGAGGGCAUCAGGGCGAGGGGCCUGCAGGAGGAGGAGGACGGAGAGGAUCGGGGACGGGAGGGAGGAGGAGGAGGAGGGAGCGAAGAUGAAGACGAGGAGGACGAGGAGUCACAUUUCCAUGGGUUCAGGGUGGAGGAGAGGAGGGCGAGCGUGGCUCACAGAGGUGACGACAGACACGGAGGGGGGAGUUACAACACCGGCGAUGAGGAUUUCCUCCCCUCCUCUCGGUCGGUCCCCUCCCUCACGGAGGCGAGUUCACCUCAGGCGACCCUCAGCCGACUGGUCUCCAAGAGGUGUCUGACGCCUGGAGGGUCAGCGUGGGACAAAAUGGCCCAGAAGAAGCUCCCUGUGUUCCCGUCACCUCACUCCCACCUGCGCAGGAAUACCCUCCCCUCUGUCACGGUGGCGCCGCCUCCGCUUCACCUCCCGCCCUCGGUCGACCAAUCGGACUCUCGCCUGCGGGUGCCGCCCCGGGUCUCGCUCUCCAAAAGCAGGAGCAUGGUGUUCCUGCCUCAUCCGCCCAGCUCCUCCGCACCGUCCUCUCCGUCCGGAGCAAGACCGGGGCUUCUCCCUCCGCUCCCCCUCGCCUCCUCCCUCACCCCGCCGGUCGCUCCACCCGCCUGCUGCUGCAGCGAGAGGGGCAGGGGGUCACGCCGUCGUCACUCGGUGCAGCUCGAUCAGAUCAGAGGUCAGCAGGUGAACCAGUCGGGCCUUUGAGGCAAACAACUUCCUCCCUCGGUAACGGAAUUCUUUGACGCGAUAAAAGUUCAACCCUUGAAUUGAUCAGCAGCCAUAGUUCGAGGACAGAGUGGCGUUUGUUACUUUAUUCGGGAAGGCUCAAACUGGACAUUGUUCGAAAGCACAAAGCUUCACACAUCGAAAUGUGUUAAAUCUACAAGUAGCUUGUUUUGUUGGACAGCAUGAUUAAAGCAUAUGAACAUACAUAUACAUACAUGUACAUAUGAAAAAUAAAAUAGUAUAAGAAAAUAAUCUAAUAAGCGCAAAGUCUGGCGUUUUUGAUACUGUGCUCCGGAGAGCAAUUGUAGCUACAGAGUAUUUGAACUGAAACAAAUAUCUGAGGAUUUGAGUUCUCGAUAAAAAUGCAACGAUCGUAGAGUAGACUUCAGUAUUAGGAAAAUCAUCAAGUAUUUGCUAGUUUUCUUAACUUUAUAUGAUGGUAAACUGAAAAUCUUUAGGAUCUGGACACUUUCUUUUACAAAACACGUGAU